GAGGGGAAUAGGUGUGGGGAAGGUAGUGGGGGUAUGUAAAACCAUUUUCGCUUCUUAAAUCCCUAAGAGAAAGGCGCCGACUUUCAUUUCCAGUUUCCUCUUCAACAAAAUUGAUUCACAGGCGAUCGAGCUUCAACUUUCUGAUCUCCCAAUGGCCGAUGCUAACUUCUAUGAAGAAGCAAGAAAACAACGUAUGGAAGAAAACCUAAGAAGAUUUCAGGAUUUGGGUGUUGCCAAGAUUGCCAAGAGUCUAACUGAUCAAGCUACAAAGCCAAAACCAAAGGCUAUAGCUAAACCUAGGGCUCCAGCUCCUGUAGACCCUAAUUUGGUGAGACGUUCUUCGCGUCCUCAUACCACAGUUACUUCCUAUGCGGAAGAGUUUAUUGAGGACCGUCCUGCACGGAAAAAGCCGAGAUCAGGCUUCUCAACAAGAGUAAAAAAACCGCACGAGAAAGUGGCUACAGAAGCACAACGAGCCAAGGUGAUUAAGCAUGCUGAGGAUUAUCGAGUUCGUCAUGUGCCAUCUGCUAACCCAUCUUAUGUCAAGUCAAUGCUCCAGUCUCAUGUCUACAAUGGCUUCUGGCUGAAUGUGCCCCGCGAUUUCUGCAAGAAAUACUUACCCGGGGAGAAAACGGUUGUUGUGUUAGAGGAUGCAAAAGGUGCUGAGUUUGAUGUAGUCUACACUGGAGAGAAGGAAAAUGCUGGUCUCAGCGGUGGCUGGAAAGCCUUCGCAGAGGCUCACAAACUGGAUGAUGGUGAUGCCCUCAUUUUUGAGCUUACUGAGCCAGCAAGAUUAAAGGUUCAUAUAUUUAAAGGGAUUGGCACGGGUGAUGAAGGCCUUCUUAAAGGGAAGAAAAAAGCUAAAGGAGGUAAAGGGAAGAAGUCUGAUGCAAAGGAGGAUAUGGUUGAAGCGGCUGCUGAAAACACUACCCAACCUAGAGAAAGAAAAACUAGAAAUUCUAAGAAAGCUGGAGAGUGAUUUUUAGGUGGAAUUAAACUGAUCUCAUCUGCCGUUUGAUUUUGGAGGUGCCAUACACCUACUAACCUUAGAUGGUUUCGGUUCUAAACUUGUUUCUUGUUAGGGUUAUUUCUUAUGUUACUGUCAAAAGCCAUAUGUCUAGUAUUUGGUAACUGCUGCAUGUUUAUAAUUUAAUUUGUGCGCCAUCUGCAUUUUGCAACGGAUAUUUUAUAAUGAAU